AUGGCACCAUCAGCACUCCCAGACUCAACCCUAACAAGCGACUCCUCCCCGCUCGCCUCCUACAAAGCCUACGACCACGUCCACUGGUACGUCGGCAAUGCCAAGCAAGCCGCCUCAUACUACACCACCCGCAUGGGCUUCAAGCGCAUCGCCUACCGCGGCCUCGAAACAGGCUCCCGAGCAACCUGCUCGCACGUCAUCCGCAACGGCGCCAUCACCUUCAUCCUAACCUCCCCGCUCCGCUCGCUCGACCAACUCGACCGCUUCACUGCCGAAGAACAGGACCAGCUCCGUGAGAUUCACGCACACAUUGAGAAACACGGGGAUGCAGUGAAGGAUGUCGCGUUUGAGGUUGAUGAUGUAGAGGGUGUUUUUGGGGCUGCGGUGAAGAAUGGAGCGAGGGUUGUGCACGGGGUUAAGGUGUUGGAGGAUGAAGGGGGUGUGGUGAAGGUUGCGAGGGUGCAGACGUACGGGGAGACGACGCAUACGUUGCUUGAGAGGGGGGAUUAUCGGGGGGCGUUUCUGCCAGGGUAUCGGUUGGAGAGCGGGGUGGAGGAUCCGGUUGAGAGGUUGUUGCCGGGGGUGUUUCUGAAGAGGAUUGAUCAUUGUGUGGGGAAUCAGGAUUGGGAUGAGAUGGAGGAGAUUUGCGAAUAUUAUGAAAAAGCCCUUGGCUUCCAUCGUUUCUGGUCCGUUGAUGACACUCAGGUUUGCACCGAAUUCUCGGCCCUCAAGAGUAUAGUCAUGGCCUCCCCCAACGAAAUAGUCAAAAUGCCCAUCAACGAACCGGCCAAAGGCAAGAAACAAUCCCAGAUCGAAGAAUACGUCGACUACUACAACGGCGCCGGCGUGCAGCACAUCGCCCUCCUAACGGAUGAUAUCAUCCGCGACAUCACGAACCUCAAAGCGCGUGGAGUCGAAUUCAUCAAGGUCCCGGAUGCGUAUUACGAAGAUGUGCAGGUGCGGCUUAAGAAGGCAGGACUUGUUCUGGAGGAGGAUUUCCAGACCAUUCGCGAUUUGGAUAUCUUGAUUGAUUUUGAUGAGGGUGGGUAUUUGUUGCAGUUGUUUACGAAGCAUUUGAUGGAUCGUCCAACUGUCUUCAUUGAGAUCAUCCAGCGACACAACUUUUCUGGCUUCGGGGCUGGGAACUUCAGGUCGUUGUUUGAGGCGCUUGAGCGGGAGCAGGAGCUGCGUGGUAACCUUGUGUAG